AUGAGGCUUGUCGUGCAGAAAGUCUCACAGGCCGCCGUGACAUCAGUAGCGGAGGGAGCAGCCGCAGAAACGGCUGAAAUAGGGCGCGGCUUUUGUGCGUUGGUCGGUUUUGAGAAGGACGACACGAUAAGCGACUGCCAGUCCAUGUCGAGUCAGCUGCUGAAACUGCGCAUUUUCCCCGAGGCGCCGUCAGAGACAGGACCCGGACGCGUGUAUGCGGCAAACUUGGGCGAUGUUCAGCAAGACCUUCUGCUCGUGUCGCAGUUCACUCUCAACGCGACCCUGAAGAGUGGCCGACCGAGCUUUCACCGCGCAAUGGGCCCAACCAAUGCUGGGCCCCUGUUUGAAGAGUUCAUUAAGCUCUGUCGGGAAGGCUUGCGUGAGCGGGGCUGCGAGGUGAAGAGUGGCAUUUUUGGUUCGUACAUGCAACUGCAUCUUGUUAAUGAUGGGCCGUUUACCAUCUGUUUGACCUGUAAAGACGGAAAGUGUUCUACAUGGUGA